GAUCCAUAGUCCCAUUAAUAUACUCUCCACUCCCCCGAUCUCCGCAGCUCACACACACCCAAACCCAGCGCCACUAGCUCCCAAGAUCGGAUACGAUUCGGAUCCAUGGCUAAGAUCGCCGCCUCCCUCCUCUUCCUCCUCGCCGUCGCGUCCUCCGCCACCGUGCUAACGCAUGGCCGCGACCUCCCGACUCGCAUCAAGCUGGUGAGAGGAGCCGACGCCGGCGGCGGCGUCGUGUCUUCAGACAAGGCGGAGUGCGUGUACACGGUGUACAUCCGGACGGGGUCGAUCUGGAAGGCCGGCACGGACUCGAACAUCACGCUGGAGCUGGCCGGCGCGGACGGCAACGGGGUGGGGAUCACCGACCUGCCGUCGUGGGGCGGCCUGAUGGGUGAGGGCCACUCCUACUUCGAGCGCGGCAACCUCGACAUCUUCAGCGGGCGCGGGCCGUGCAUGGGCGCGACGCCGUGCUGGAUGCGGGUGGCGUCCGACGGCACCGGCCCGCACCACGGCUGGUACUGCAACUACGUCGAGGUCACCGUCACGGGGCCGCACAAGGGGUGCGGGCAGCAGCUGUUCACCGUCGAGCAGUGGCUGGCCACCGACGCCGCGCCCUACAAGCUCGAGGCCAUCCGCGACAAAUGCUCCUCCUCCGGCGACGACGCCUGAGUGACGCGACCACCGUGUGGCGCAGUGGCGGGGCCGUGGUGUAAUAUAAUAAAGCUGCAUGCGUGUGCUGAUCUCCCCGCGUGUACCUACCACGGGCUCCGCGAUGUGGAGGGGCUACCAGUCGAAUAAUCGGGAGCCGUGCGAUCUGUGGCGAGCGGCAUCGGUAGACCGUAGAUGGUGUCAUGUUUUUUUAGAUGAGUAUGUGGUGGUGCCAUGUUUUGGUUUAGAAAAUGGUAAUCCGCGUUAUCAUGAAUGGGGCUGAUCGGUGAUCACUUUGCAGCCGUUAGAUGCAGCA